AAAUAAACAAACCCUCCGGCGGCCAAACAUAAUUUCCGGUCUCUGCUGCCGGUCACCGCAAAGGUCGGUUGUUCAUCGUCAUGGGCAAGCAGAGGCAACUGGUCAUUUCUCGAUUCUUCGCUCCUAAAUCCCAAACCCCAUCAUCCUCAUUGCCAGCAGAGCCUUCGUCUUCUUCUCCAGAACCAAAACCGAAUCCAGACCCACCACCGCCACCGGCUAAAGUCUCUACCACCGUCUCUUUCUCUCCGUCUAAACGGAAACUCCUCUCGACCUACCUCGCUUCCACCUCCAAGAAACCCAAGCUAUCCCCGCACACGAAAAACCCUAUACCACCUCAAUCGAAUCCCUCUCUCCAUCAAAAGUUCCUUGAAAAACUUCUUGAACCUUGUUUAACGACUCCUCAAUCUUCAACCCAACCUGGGAAUCCUAAAAAGUUCACUCCUUUGGAGCAACAAGUCGUAGACCUGAAAAGUAAGCAUCCAGAUGUUCUCCUGAUGGUGGAGGUUGGCUACAGGUUCCGGUUCUUUGGGGAGGAUGCUGAAAUUGCGGCUAAAGUCCUGGGCAUUUACGCCCACAUGGACCACAAUUUUUUGACCGCAAGCGUGCCGACUUUCCGAUUGAAUUUCCACGUGAGGAGGCUGGUCAGUGCUGGGUACAAGGUGGGAGUUGUGAAACAGACUGAAACAGCGGCCAUUAAGGCACAUGGGUCGAAUCGGGCUGGUCCUUUUGGUAGGGGGUUGUCAGCAUUGUACACGAAGGCAACGCUGGAGGCUGCUGAGGAUGUUGGAGGGAGGGAGGAGGAAUGUGGUGGUGAGAGUAAUUAUUUGGUUUGUGUGGUGGAAAGGAGUAUGAACAAUUCGAGUACUGAUAUUGGUGGGAUUGAUGUGAGGAUUGCUGUUGUUGGGGUCGAGAUUUCCACUGGGGAUGUGGUUUAUGGGGAGUUUGAUGACGGUGUAAUGAGGAGCGGACUUGAGUCUGUGAUCGAAAACUUGGCUCCGGCUGAAUUGUUGCUUGGCAGCCCUCUUUCUAAACAAACAGAGAAGUUGCUACUGGCUUAUGCUGGACCUGCCUCACAUGUCCGUGUGGAACAUGCCUCUCUAAAUGUCUUUAAUGAUGGUGGUGCAUUUGCUGAAGUAAUGUCUUUAUAUGAGGAGAUGGAUGACAUAAAUUUAGCAGCUGAUGAAAAUCAGCAGUCAGCAGAUGUGAUGGGAGAGAAAAAAUAUCACUCUGCAAUUGAGGGAAUUAUGAAAAUGCCAGAUUUGGCUGUACAAGCAUUGGCCUUAACUGUUCGUCAUCUCAAGCAAUUUGGAUUUGAAAGAAUUAUGUGCCUUGGAGCAUCAUUUCGAUCCCUAACAAGCAAUGUGGAGAUGACCCUUUCGGCAAAUGCACUUCAACAAUUGGAGGUUUUGAGGAAUAAUUCAAAUGGUUCUGAGUCUGGCUCAUUGCUGCAUAUCAUGAAUUAUACGCUUACCAUCUAUGGGUCAAGGCUUCUUAGACACUGGGUGAUUCAUCCAUUAUGUGAUAGAAACAAGAUAUCUGCUCGACUUGAUGCUGUUUCUGAGAUUGCUGAGUCAAUGGGGUCUUGUAAAGUAUCACCAAGUUUUAUUGAAAAUGAUGAGGAAGAUUCUGCUAUAACUAUUGCACAACCAGAAUUCUAUUCCGUGGUUUCCUCUGUAUUGACUUUCUUAGGAAGAUCACCUGAUAUUCAACGUGGAAUAACAAGAAUUUUCCAUCGGACUGCAACACCAUCUGAGUUCAUUGCAGUUAUGCAAGCUAUUUUAUCUGCUGGAAAACAACUUCAGCGGGUUCACAUUAAUCAAGACUACCAAAGUGAUAAAGUGCAGACAACAACCGUGCACUCUGCAUUAUUAAAAAAGUUGAUUUUGACUGCUUCAUCAUCCAAUGUACUCAGCAAGGCAGCAAAACUUCUGGCUACUGUAAAUAAAGAAGCAGCUAAUCAAGGGGACCUAGCAAACUUAAUCAUCAUAUCUGAUGGCCAAUUUCCAGAGGUUGCUAGGGCCCGGAUGGCUGUAAAAUUGGCGAAGGAGAAAUUGGAUUCCUUAAUUGACUUAUUUCGCAAGAAACUUGGUGUGCGCAGUUUGGAAUUUAUGAGUGUGUCAGGAACCACACAUUUGAUCGAGCUGUCCAUAGACGUAAAGGUACCUUUAAGCUGGGUGAAGGUAAAUAGUACUAAAAAGAUGAUAAGGUAUCAUCCACCUGAGGUAUUGACUGCUCUAGAUCAGUUAACACUGGCAAAUGAAGAACUCACUGUUGUUUGCCGUGCUGCCUGGGAAAGCUUUCUAAGGGGAUUCAGUGAAUAUUAUGCUGAAUUUCAAGCUGCUAUUCAAGCACUUGCUGCUUUGGACUGUUUGCAUUCACUUGCCACUCUUUCAAGAAAUAAGAAUUAUGUUCGUCCUGUGUUUGUGAAUGACAAUGAACCUGUUCAGAUACAGAUCUGCUCUGGUCGUCAUCCGGUUCUUGAGACAAUAUUACAGGACAGUUUUGUUCCAAAUGACACAAAGUUACAUGUUGACAGGGAGAAUUGUCAGAUAGUUACUGGUCCUAACAUGGGGGGCAAGAGUUGCUACAUUCGGCAGGUUGCCUUAAUCGCUAUAAUGGCUCAGGUUGGUUCCUUUGUACCAGCAUCAUCAGCUACUCUGCAUGUGCUAGAUGGUAUCUACACACGAAUGGGUGCUUCUGACAGUAUCCAACAAGGAAGAAGUACCUUUUUAGAAGAAUUGAGUGAGGCUUCUCAAAUACUCCACAAUUGUACUGCUCGCUCACUGGUUAUCAUUGAUGAACUUGGGAGGGGAACUAGUACACAUGAUGGUGUAGCUAUUGCUUAUGCUACACUGCAUCAUUUGCUAGAGCAGAAAAGAUGCAUGGUCCUCUUUGUCACCCACUAUCCAAAGAUCGCUGAUAUUAAAACUGAAUUUCCUGGCUCUGUUGGUGCUUACCAUGUUUCUUUUCUUACCUCACACAACGAGAAUACUGUGGAUUCAAAAUCUGAUCAUGAAGAAAUCACCUACUUAUAUAAGCUUGUUCCCGGUGUUUCAGCACGGAGUUUUGGGUUUAAGGUUGCUCAGCUUGCCCAGUUACCUUCUUCAUGUGUUAAACAAGCUACGAUGAUGGCUGCAACGAUGGAAGCAACGGAAAACAACAGGAUGAAACGCAAAUCAAGAGAAAAGCAACAGAUAGAAAUUUUACCUAGUGAUCAUGAACGGGGAUGGGAAACCAUAUUGGGAUCUGCUGAUAGUUACCACAUUGGAAGUAAAGAAGCAUUAGAAGAACUGGCUGGUGCUUUUAGGAACUUACUUUUGAACUUGAAAUUUGCAGUCCUUGUGGAUGAUCCUGCGAACAGCUUCCAUUUAUUGAAGGAGGCCAGAAACAAUGCCAAGGAACUAACAGGUAAAGUAGGAUGGUUUCUAACUUAAUUUAAAAUUUUGAAUGCUUUCUCUUGUUUAAUUAUUAUUUUGGUGGAAUAUCUUAUAAAAGAAACUUAUAUUUGGAUUUCCUUUUCUAAGUUAUAAUGCCUAAGACCCUGAUACCCAUGUUAUCCAGAAAAACAAAAAUAGUUAUAAUGCGUAAGCAAACUCUGUGUUAUAGUUUGUUAGCUUGGCCGUGAUUGCAGUAAUGUAUCACUUAAAAACAUGCUUUGAUGCAUCAAUUUACUAUUUGUGCUCCAGAUUGUAUGCGCAAUUUUCAAAAGCAAAACGUGUCUAUAUUGUAGCUGAGGAGACAAUUCAAGUGAUGAGUUGCUUCAGUUUUGUAAAUUAUGCUGUGUAGAAAAUUUUUGUUAUUUGUAAUGAUUAGCUUGAUAUUCCCAACAUUUUCUUGUGAAAAUGAAACACGUUGAAUCUCAUUUGUUUUCAAAUUAUGGCUAAGAUAUGAUUCAUUGCCAUUGCACGUAUCAUAUGUUGCUAUUAUUGGGGCAACCUCCCAUGUGGAGCCAAUAAAUACCAUUAUUCAGGGGAUUGCUCUCCUCCAUCUCACCACUCAGAAUGCAGAAGAUAUAUGAUACGUCAGAAAUGCAAACUCAUUGGCAUAUAUGUAUUAUACAAUUAGGACAUGCAUGAAAGUACCUCAUGGCGGCCAUCUAAUGGAAGAUCAUCAUGAAUUCUGGCUAGAAACGAUCUAAGCACUCUUGUUUCCUCUCACGUUCAGUGGAAUGCACUAGAAAAGGGCUCAAAAGAUCAAUAACUUCGUCUCUUUGAACACCAGGACAAGAUGGUUCGCAAGACAUUUUAUCCUUCUUUUCUUUCUUCUCUCCCUUUCUCUCUUCAUUUUGCCGAUUUCUUCAUUCAUUCCAUUAUCUUCUUUUCCCUUUUUCUUUGUAUCAUUGUAUAUUCUCUUCUUCACGUUAUUAUUUCCCCUUCCAUAUCUUACCUUGU